UUCCCCCGACCCCCGGCACAUCCACUACCCGGCUCUCCCGGCAAUGGCCGGGAGCGGGUGGCUGGGUCUGCGGGCGCUGGCCGGGCCGGGCUGGGUGCGGGGCUCGGACCCGGCUGUGCUGAGCCGCCUGCGGGACGAGGCCGUGGUGCGCCCCGGCUUCCUGAGCGCGGCCGAGGAGGAGACGCUGAGCCGCGAACUGGAGCCCGAGCUGCGCCGCCGCCGCUACGAAUACGACCACUGGGACGCGGCCAUCCACGGCUUCCGGGAGACGGAGAAGUCGCGCUGGUCAGAGGCCAGUCGGGCCAUCCUGCAGCGCGUGCGGGCGGCCGCCUUCGGCCCCGGCCAGGCCCUGCUCUCCCCGGUGCACGUGCUGGACCUGGAGCCUCGGGGCUACGUCAAGCCGCACGUGGACAGCAUCAAGUUCUGCGGAGCCACCAUCGCCGGCCUGUCCCUCCUGUCUCCCAGCGUCAUGCGGCUGGUGCACGCCCAGGAGCCGAAAGAGUGGCUGGAACUGCUGCUGGAGCCAGGCUCCCUCUACAUCCUUAGGGGCUCUGCCCGGUAUGACUUCUCCCAUGAGAUUCUUCGGGAUGAAGAAUCCUUUUUUGGGGCGCGCCGAGUUCCCCGGGGCCGACGCAUCUCUGUGAUCUGCCGUUCCCUCCCCGAGGAGGGUGGACGGGGGGAGCCGGGACAGCCCCCCGCAGCCUGCUGACCCUCAUGCCCUCCCUCCCUGGUGAAUAAAGUUGGACAAUCGACCACCAGACUGCCUGGAGCUGGCUGUUUGCCGGAGCUGGAAUUCGGAGGGGAAGCCCGGAUCUCGCCCGCCCGCCCCACCUAGUGACAAGGUGGCAGCAGAGUCACGGCACACCGAGGUCCAGAGCUGC